AUGGCAAAAACCGAGCAGGUCAAUGGCCUCGAAAUUCGUGGCGACGCAGAGAAGCUGACGGACAGCGAGAAAGGGAUUUCUGGGUCCGAGCCGGAGGCGAACGGCUUCAUCCCUGGAGAAGACCGGCAGGUGGACAAGUACGGCUUCACGGGAGGAGCUCAGCAGUCCUCCCUAGAGAAUGCUGAAUUGAUUCCAUCUGAGGUGUUGAGGCAGCGAGAAGUGAAAUGGCUGGAGAUGCUGAAGAGCUGGGACAAAUGGAUGGCCAAAAAACACAAAAAGGUGAAAGAGCGCUGUCAGAAAGGAAUUCCUCCGUCCCUGCGAGGCCGGGCCUGGCUCUACCUUACUGGCGGCAAAGUGAAAAGGGAGCAAAACCAGGGCAAGUUUGAGGAAAUGGACAACCAGCCGGGAGAUCCCACAUGGGUCGAUAUAAUUGAGAGGGACCUUCAUCGACAGUUUCCUUUCCAUGAAAUGUUUGCAGCCAGAGGAGGUCACGGGCAGCAGGAUCUGUUCCGCGUGCUGAAGGCUUACACGCUGCAUCGACCUGAAGAAGGUUACUGUCAGGCUCAGGCGCCCAUCGCUGCUGUACUCCUAAUGCACAUGCCAGCUGAGGAUGCUUUCUGGGUUCUUGUCCAGAUCUGUGAAAAAUACCUUCCUGGAUACUACAGCACAGGGCUGGAGGCGAUCCAGCUGGAUGGGGAGAUUCUGUACGCCCUGCUGCGUCGGGUGUGUCCUGUGGCUCACCGCCACCUACAGAAACACAAACUGGAGCCUGUCAUGUACAUGACCGAGUGGUUCAUGUGUGCUUUCUCCCGGACUCUGCCGUGGGCCUCGGUGCUGCGGGUCUGGGACAUGUUCCUCUGUGAGGGAGUGAAGAUCCUCUUCAGAGUGGGCCUGGUUCUCCUGAAAUUCGUGUUGGGAACCCAAGAGAAGCUGAAGUCCUGCCAAGGUUUUUAUGAGACAAUGGAGCUGCUCCGAGCCAUUCAGCCGCAAUACACACACGAAGCCUUUCUGGUGCACGAGAUUAUAGAGUUACCAGUGUCUGAGAAAGACAUUGAGAAGGAGCACCAAGCUCAGCUGCGGCGCUGGAAGGAGGCUCAUGGAGAUCUCCACAGUAAAUCCCCUCCAAGGAUGCACGGAGCUAAAGCCAUCAUGACUGCUGAGCCACCCAGCCGUCAGGAGCUGAAGCAGAGGCCUACUAUCAUCGUGAAGUCUCCCCUGGCGUCCCAGCUAGACGAGGUGCUCACAGACAAACCCAGGGGGAGGAGAAACCCUAAAAAGCAAAAUGGACACACAGAGGUCCUCCCUCCUAAUGAAGUGUUUAAUCCUUACGCUCCUUCCACUGACCCGUCCCCACGUCUCAAGCACAAGAUCAUACAGGGGUCCAAAGAGAGUGUGAGCAACUCUGAACAUGAUACGUACCUGUAGCGGUGAAAGCUUUCCUCCAGUUCCCCAACAGACCGUACAGCUCCACGUUAGCAGUAACACUUGUCAGUGACUUAUUUAACACUUCAU